GGCCUCAGCUCUUCUGCAGAUGUUAAGGGAGGGAUUUUUGCCGGUCCGUAGCGUAAUGUAAUUGGUGUGUAGAAGUGAUGAACGACGACACGACAGCCUCUGGUCCAGGGCAGGAGGAGGAGACCAUGCCGGCCGACGACGAGCAGCCCUCCGAGCAGCCAAAGCAUCAGGUGUUCGAGUAUCUGUCGCCCCUGCAGUACGUCUUCACGGCCCUCCAGCACCUCACACUCAUGCAGUUCCACCAGCCCGCCCCGGAGUCGCUGGAAAGACUCCCUUCGCCGUCAUCCGAAUGGUGGGUAGGGUGCCACUGGGUGGGUGGAUGCAUCCACCACACGAUAGGCAUUUCCUCUCUGUUGUGUCCAUGGUUCAUCCAGGUACCCCAUAUGCGCUGAUGUGGGGGACGGUGCCAGGGGGCUGGGAAGCGCUGAGGAGUUUCUGGCCCUGUUUGCGGAUGAGGAGGUGCAGGACUACCUCGGAUACCUCGUGGACCCUGUCAUGAGGAGCGAGGCCCUACACGCCUUUCUCAACGAUCGCACCGGCGCUCCACCGCCGCUCAUCCAGGCACUGCUCGAUAAGGUCGGGGAGGCCAAGCGCAAACAGGAACAGGCCGCCGCUGAGGCACUCUACAGGGUGGGUGGAUGUGUAUGGGUGGGGUAGGGUGAGAAGGAAGCCAUGGCAUGGCAUGGCAUGGCCCUGAUGCACCCUUCAAGGGCAUCGACAUCUGGUUGUUUGCUUUGAUCUAUCAGGAGCAGCGGUUGUCGCGUGCUUUGGAGAAGGAGCAGGAGGAGUCUGUCCGCAGACACGAGGGGGCCCUCCGCCACCUCGCCAACGAAAGGCAAGAACGAAAAGUGGAGGUACGUCUGUCAGACGGACCGAAAGGCAGCCCCUCCCUCCCUCCCUCCGCCUGGCACCUUUGUUUCCGCUAUCUAUGUCCAGGUUGAGCGGCGUCGGCAGCUGCGUACAGAGGUCAUCUCUCUCCGAAAGCGGCUGGCCAAGUUCGGCGAGGCGCCCUACGCUCUCAUGUACGACAAGGCCAUCAAACCCGCCAUGCUGCCAGCCAAUACCACACAGGAGGUCAGAACAAUGGUGGAGGGCGGCGGUGGGCCGCCUCCCCCAGCCGACGGCGGCAAGGCCAGUGGGGGUGCUGGUGGUGUGUCUGGCAACGAGGAGGAGGUGGAGAAGCUCAGACAGCAGCUUCAGGAAGCGGACGCCAAACUCAAGGUAAAUGAUGACCCUCUCCUCCCUCAGAUGUUUUGUCUCAUACCGCUGUGUUGUGUUGUGUUGUGUUGUGUGUGCAGGGUCUAGAGUCGGAGCGUGACACCCGUUGGCGUGCGCGUGAGGCGCAGCUGCUGGAGCAGCUCGAGGAGGAGCGCAAGAAAAAUGAGGAACUGCAGGACCAGAAAGAGGCUGCACAGCUCGCACUCGAAGCACUCAAGGAAGAAACAGCCGCAGCAACGGCAUACCCUCACCAGCAGCAGCCAUUCCAGCCCCCACCACCACCCACAGCCUCCCUUGCCCCUCCCCCCGGCGCACCACAGCAGGGCGGCUUCCUCCCCCGCCACCUCAUUGUCCGCCAAGACGACUCCCCAAUGCCCAAUGGCAAGGCCAACGGGGCAGCGCUGCCGGCCAUCAGCGAGGAGGGGCCGGCGGUGGCCAUGCCGGUGGUGGCGCCGGUUGGGGCGGGGGUGGCGGAUAAGGCCGAGGGCGAGCCUCAGGUGCGUCCAAGUGUGCGUAUCAAGACGAUUCAGUUUUUCAACGACGUCAAGGUGGCUCAGCUGGAGAAUGAGAUCACCGAGAUGAAGCGGGAGUUCAGCAGACACACGGCUGACCUCACUGCCAGGUAGGUAAUGUGGGCAUCAAUCAUCCGUCCGCCUGUGUGUUGUGUGAAUGCAUAAGCCAUUACUUACUGCACAUACACACACACAUACACAUGUGUGUGUGUGCGUUUGGUGUGUGCAGACACGAGGUGUCUAUCAGGUCUUAUGAGCGUCAGAUAGAGGGCCUCAAGGUUGAGCACGACAUCAUCAGGAAGAGGGCGGCCAAGGCGGAGGAAAAGGCCAAAGAGCACUGGAAGGCACUCCAAGACGCGCAGGUGAGUGACGAGCGGUCAAGAGACGCGAGACACCACAGCCAGCCAGCUGCUGUCCAUUCUUACCGCGCCACUUUCUCUUUUCUGCAUCUGUGUGGCUGCCAGGAGAAGCUUGCGAGACGCGAGCACCGCAAGUCGAGCAGUCUUCUACAGACCCAGCAAUCGCUAUCCACCGAGACACAGCCCCUGGACCACUCCACGAUCGUCUCGCGCCCCCCCGCCCCGCCCCCAUCGCCCCCUCCACAGCACACCCCUCCUAUGAGCAUGAGCAUGACCAUGACACACUCCCGCCCGCCCCUCUCGCCGACCCACCCAUCGGUGCGGCCGCACCCCACCUCAUCCACUGGAUCGCUGCCACCCAGGCCGCCCCUCUCAAGGCCUGCUCCUUUCCAUGACCACCACCACUACCACCAGCAGCAUCAGCAGCAGGAUGACAUGCAUCACCGGGACCAGGGAGAGGAGAGAGAGGACUUCGUUCCCAGUGCGGCUGGGAGGGCGAGGGCGGGCCCCGUCGGCAGGAGCUUCUAUUUGCGGUCGCAGAGUGUCCUGCCGCUGCACGAGGGGCGGGCUGCUGGUGCUGCUGCUGGUGCUGGUCCUGGGGCUGGUGGUGGGUGGAUUGGUGUGAGCAUGCGGGCGGGCAGUGCUUUGGAUCUGAGCAGACGCAUGGAGCGGAUGGAGCGGAUGGAGGGUGCUGGGCUGGGGCAGGGGUCGGGCUCGCCUGAUGGGGAGUAUUCGGAUUUCCGGACGCCCCGCUUCUGGGUGCAGGGGAAGGAACAGCUCGACCACCUGGAGAAAUCAAUCCGCUCCGUCCGCGGUGAGUGAGACACCACGCAUGGCCAUCCCUCUCCCUACGCCGAUCCCGCACACACAUUCUCUUUCCCACUCUCUGCUCUGCUUCUCUCCUCAGCUAUGGACCAGGAGGUGACGCCCUCUUAUGGCGGCUUUGUGUCUCGGGGCGGCAUGAUGCUGGACAGGUCUGUCCGCAGCCAGCAGGACCUCUCCCUCUCACACACAAUGGAAAGGAACCACAGCGCGUUCUUCCCCGCCACUGCCGCUGGUGGUGGUGGGGGCAGCAGCGGCAGCAGCAGCGGUAGUGGCAGGGAGCAUGGCGCGUUGGACAUGUCGGUGAACCACCCCUUCAAAAGCCCUGAUAUGAACGCACUCAACGCGUCCAGGCGCAUGUACGUGCAGGCAGGGGGAAAAGCAAGACACCACACCCAUCGCCCAUCUGUGCAAGCAUGGUGGCCAUUGUGCGCCGCGCCCUUUUCCUUGUUUCCUUUGUUCCUUUCAGCCACACGUCGAUGGACGCCCUGGCGCCCCCAGUAAUGGCGGUGCACGCCGACCGUGGUGAGCGUGAGGACCGCCGCGGCCGCAGCGUUGACACGUGGGAGGCCGCCCACUACUCCCACCACCCUCAUGACGAUGGACACACCGCCAUGAUGGGGCGGCACCACCACCACCAGCACCACCAGCACCACCGGCCUGCUGCUAAUAUGCUGCAAUCGCGGGACCCAUACGCAUCUCAGUACUCGCCUCGUGGGGAGGGCGGGGGUUGUGACUGAUUUGAUUACUGAGGGGGGAGACGAGACACUUUGCAGACUGCAUUGGUCAUUGAGCUCUCCUCUUUCAAAGUAUUUUUGCUGGCUGACUGGAUGUCAGUGAGAGGCGGGGGAGGGAGAAAGGAUAAGAGGACAGCUGGGGCGGGGCGUGUGGAUGCUGUCGAUGGUAUGGUUCGGCGGGUGUGCGUGAUUGAUUUCCCUGCGACUGCAACCGCGGCCAGACUAAUGAAUGACGAAUGACGAAUGUGGCGCACCUAAUCCAUCCCAGCGCUGUCUGUCUGUCUGUAGGGUAGGUCCAUCCGUCUCCUCUCUCUGGCACACAUGACAGACAGACACAUACACACUUGUCAAG